AUGUCUUUCCGCUUUAGUUCGCGGAGAAUACAGUUACAGAGGCUGAGGAGCCCCCGCGCUUGUCUUGUGGGCGAGAGAUGGGGGGGAGUCAAGGCACAAUGGAAGGCGCGUCGGGGUGUUGCUUCGACGCCGACGGCUGAGAGGGUUCUGUUUCCAGGCGCGCUGAAUAGUGACUUUACCAAGACUAUGGAGUUUAUGAUUCCGGCUCAGGCUCAGGCUAUACCGACAUACCGCGUUAUGAAUCAGUAUGGAGAGAUUAUAGACAAAGAGGUUGGCGUGGAUACUACGGAUGGAGAGGCUAUUUCGCUGUACAAGAAUAUGGUCAAGCUGAGUAUAAUGGAUCUUCUCAUGUUUGAAGCGCAACGGCAAGGGAGGCUCUCGUUCUACAUGGUCUCUGCAGGCGAAGAAGGCAUAGCCAUCGGUUCCGCCAGCGCCCUCUCCCCCGCCGAUGUCAUCUUCUGCCAAUACCGCGAGUCCGGCGUCUACCUCCAACGCGGCUUCCCCCUCUCCUCCUUCAUGAACCAACUCUUCGCAAACGCAAAGGACAAUGGUCUCGGCCGCAACAUGCCCGUCCACUACGGCAGCAAGGAAUUGAACAUUCACACCAUAAGUUCAACCCUGGCCACACAAAUACCUCACGCAGCAGGCGCAGCCUAUGCUCUCAAGAUGCAAAACAUGCAAAACCCAGACACAGAACCACGAGUCGCAGUAUGCUUCUUCGGCGAAGGAGCAGCCAGCGAAGGAGACUUCCACGCCGCCCUCAACAUUGCCGCCACACGCCAAGUCCCCUGCAUCUUCAUCUGCCGCAACAACGGUUAUGCAAUUUCCACACCUACCUCGGACCAAUACCGUGGCGACGGCAUCGCCUCGCGCGGCGCGGGCUACGGUAUCGCCACCCUCCGCGUCGACGGCAACGACAUCUUCGCCGUCCGCCGCGCCACAGCCGAAGCACGUAAACUCGCACUCAAAAACGGCGGCCAACCCGUUCUCGUCGAAAUGAUGGCGUACCGUGUAGGCCACCACAGCACCUCGGACGACUCCUUCGCCUACCGCCAACGUGUCGAAGUCGAAGACUGGAAGCGCCGCGAUAACCCCCUCACACGACUGAGGAAAUGGCUCGAGGGCAAGCAGCUGUGGGAUGAAGAUCGGGAAAAGGAACUACGCGGCACGACGAGGAAAGAGGUUCUUCGCGCUUUUGAAGAAGCGGAAAAGGAGAAGAAACCUAGUAUCAGGAAUGCGUUUGAAGGCGUGUGGGAGGAUCUGACAGACGAGCAGAGGGCGCAUGUUGAGGAGCUCAAGGAUAUUCUUACGAGGUAUCCAAAGGAGUAUGAUUUGGGCGGGUUUGAACGUGGUAUUCAAGGUUUAGAUGAUUUGUUGGCGGAGAAGAAGAAGGGGGUUUAG